AUGGGCGAGUGGUGGGGCGGCGACAAGGGCAAGGGCAAGGGCAAGGACGAGUGGGACCUCAUGGGCUGGGCGAUGACCAUGGCGUCCAUGUACGGAUCUCCCAGCUGGGACGGCGGCAAGGGCAAAGGCGGCAAAGGCGGAUCAACCAGCCAGCCGUCCAACAAGGUCUUCGUUGGGGCCCUGCCCAAGGUGGUCUCAGAGGCCUCGGUGCGCCAAGCCUUUGCGCCGUUUGGCAACAUCAUGGAGAUCAAGAUGAUGACGGGAGAGCACGGGGAGUCCAAGGGCUACUGCUUCGUGACCUUUUCCACACUGGAGGAGGCGAAGCAGGUGCUCGCGAACUAUGACAACAACAGCGUGGACGGCAAGUGGGUCGACUGCAAGCCAGCCUCCCAAGGCAGCGGUGGCGGCGGCGGCGGCGGCGGCGCCAUGAUGAAGCCGGGAGAUUGGAUUUGCCCCAGCUGCGGGGAUAACGUCUUCGCCUGGCGCUCCGCCUGCAACCGCUGCGGCAGCGCGCCGGGAGGCAUGGGUGGCAUUGACAUGGCCAUGGCCGCCAUGGGCAUGGGCGGCAUGGGCGGCAAGGGCGGCGGCGGCGGCAGCGGUGCAAUGAGACCAGGAGAUUGGAUGUGCCCGGCCUGCGGGGAUCUGGUCUUCAGCUCCCGGGACAAGUGCAACCGCUGUGGCCAGGGCAAGCCCGGGGGUGCCCAGCGCAUGGGCAUGAAGCCGGGGGACUGGACCUGCCCCGCCUGCGGGGACCUGGUCUUCGCCUCCAAGAACGUGCGCCUCGGAGCUCCGGUCCCGGAGCUGACCCGAACUCCCGAGCUUGAGAAGCAGCGCGGAAAAUGGGUGAGCGAUGAGGUGGUGGAUGAGGUGAAAAUAGUGAAGGACCCCGCCUUGGUGCAGAUGGUGGAGCCCGAGCACCACUACUUCAGCAUCGACGUGGUCAAGACCACCACCGUCACCUCCCUGGGCAUCGAUGUGGACCUCACCGAUGGCGUCACCAUGAUGGUGAAGAAGGUGAGCGAUGAGGUGGUGGAUGAGGUGAAGAUAGUGAAGCACCCCGCCUUGGUGCAGAUGGUGGAGCCCGAGCACCACUACUUCAGCAUCGACGUGGUCAAGACCACCACCGUCACCUCCCUGGGCAUCGAUGUGGACCUCACCGAUGGCGUCACCAUGAUGGUGAAGAAGGUGCUCAGCGGGGGGCUCGUCGCCGGCUGGAAUCGGGAGCACCCGGAAAGAUCUGUUCAAGUCUGCGACCGCAUUACUCGCGCAAAUGGCGUGCAGGACGACGCGGAGCGCAUCGCUCGAGAGUGCCGCGAGAGCGUGAAGUUGAACUUGGGCUUGCGGCGACUCAAGCCAUGGCCGAGGUUUGUGCCCAGGUUGCCCAUGGCACCUGGGGGCGCGGAGUGGAUGGCACUGAUGAACCGCGCCUUUGGAUCGUUGAGGGAAUCUGGCUCGGGGACGAUAGACCCCAUGGCCGCGCACCCUUGGGUUGCUCAAGCUGAGGAUCCCUUCAAUAGGCAUGGCAAGCCCAUGGCAAGGGCGUGGCAAAGCCACGCCUCGGGUGCUUUCAAGCGCAUGCAGCUUGCCUUCCAGUUCCGGGCUGGCGAAUCGCUGGGCUUGCUGCUCUUCGGCAGUCUGCUACUUCUUCCUCUUCGCCGGGAAACGCCCGUGACACCGGCGCCCCUCGCGCUCUCUGUGGUGGGUGAUGUGGGUGCCAUUGUCACCGCUCCCUACCGAUUCCUCCGGCUGGCGUCGAUCACCAAGGCGCUGGCGCAGGAUGCCAAGGCCCGCGCCAAGACCAUGACAACCAGCCGGAAGCCCAGCAGCGGUGCGGCGGACACGCUGAAGGCCUUCCUCCCGGCGUACAUGAGGAGCCAUGUGAUCGCGCGGACUCCGCCGGCGGAGUACCGGGACCUGCUGAACACCACGCUCACGGUGCUGCUGGAUUCCAUUUUUGCAGAGACGCCUUAUGAGUUCGAGCCCUACCACCAGGCCAUACGAGGGCCGGAGUUGGACCUCUACGCCUGGGGCAACAGCUUCUUCCGGUCCAUGAUCAAAUGGCGCUUCGCCCGGGUCGAGGGCCUGGAGAACGUGCAGCAGGUCAAGGAGAAGCUGGCAGCGGGGGAGAACGUGGUGCUCAUGGCCAACCACCAGACGGAGGCAGACCCCCAGGUCCUGUCCCUGCUCUUGCAGCAGAAGGGCUAUGAAGAGCUGGCGGAGAAGUGCAUCUUCGUGGCGGGUCACAAGGUCACCACCGACCGGCUCGCCAUACCCUUCAGCAAGGGCCGGUACCUUCUGUCCAUCUACUCCAAGAAGUACCUGGACGAGGGCACGCCGGAAGAGCAGGAGGCCAAGUCUGAGCGCAACAAGAAGACCAUCUCCGAGAUGCAGCGAUUGAUGAAGGAGGGAGGCCACAUCUUCUGGGUCGCCCCCUCCGGUGGCAGAGAUCGAAGGCGCGCGGAGACGCAGCUCUUCGCGCCCGCGGAGUUCGACAAGGCCUCGGUGGGGCUCUUCGCGCUGCUGGCGCAGAAGGCCGCCAAGGGAGGUGGCCCCCACACCAACUUCAUGCCCUUGGCCAUGUGGACCCAUAGGCUGGUGCCGCCCCCGGAGGAUGCCAAGGCGGGCGUGGGGGAGUCCCGCAGCGCGCAGCGCGCGGCGGUGGGCUUGAACUUCGGCGAGGCCUGGGGGCGGACGCGCGGACGGGUUUUGGCCAGGCGGCAGGCGGCGGGGAGGGGAGCUUUCGGCCAUUCCGAUGUUCCGAGGUUUACCGUUUUUUGGCUUCUUCGUUUUUUUCAAAAGAGAAAAUCAAAAUUCCGGUGUUUUAUGCCCAUUUCCAUAUGGCAUGGAUAUUUUUGUUUAAUCCCGUGUCUUGUACCCAUUUCCAUUGCUUUUGAAACUUUCCCGUGUUUUAUAUGCCCAUUUCCAUUUUGCGGGCUUUUUUGUUCUGGCAAUUUAGUCGGGGCCCCAACAGGUGAUCAUCCUUUAUUCUCGGCUCCGUUGGGCAAGUGA